AUAUAACGUGAGAAGUUCUGCCUCUCAGCAUGGAGCUCAGGAGGUGCACAAACUACUACUACCUACUAUUUCUUCUCUCAUCUGAUCCAAGAGCAAAGAUGAACAGCUCCCUGGCUACCCUCGCCGUCUUCCUGGUUGCUGCUAUGUUCCUAUCCCAAGCUCAGGCUCAGUUUGACCCCCGGCUCUGUUGUUUUGACUACGUAACCAAGCCUAUUCCACGGAAAAACCUGAAGUCCUUUGAACGCUCAAAUGUCAGGUGUUCCAGGCAAGCUGUCAUAUUUACCACACAUCUGAAUCGACGGAUCUGUGCAGAUCCCAGUGCACCAUGGGUCCAGGAUCGUAUAAAACGUUUGUCCCCACAGUGACAACCUCCCACCUCCUCCAUAUUCAUCUGGAAAAGCCCCAAGAAAGAAGUCAAAGCUUUUAAAAUCUUAGGAUGUGGGCAAAAAAGAACAUGCUGAACUCUUAUUCUGACCUUGCACAUUCCUAACUUAAACUUCAUUGAUGGAAGAUGAAAUAAUGUAUUUUAUUUAAAUUAUGGCCAAAUAUCUUAUAUAUUUUAUAUUAUUAUUUUUAAAAGUUCAUUUGCCUAAAGGUUCUGAAAAAUAUUUGACAGAAUCUUAAUGUAUGAAUAAAUCUCACGUUUAUGGAAUCCA